UCAAAACAAACAACACCGAUCGACAUCAUCGCACUUAUCAAUUUUUCAGCAAUAAAAACCUGUAAAAAUGCUCCUUAGAGUGAAUCAACUCCGAUUGCUGCGAAAUGCCUCCAAACUGUUACUAUCGGAUGCCAAAACUCCAAAAUUGUGUCAAUUGUCGGCGAAAACAUCAUUUUUACGCACGAUCACGAGCGGACCGUCGCAAUUAGGAGGAACAGCAAAUUCAAGCAAGGAUUAUGAAGCCACAGCUGGCACGAUGGCUGAAGUUAAACAAAAAAUUAUUGAAGCGCUUGGCAUUCAAAGUUUCUACAAUCCAAUUGUGAGUACGCGUGAGCACUUGAGUCAAUAUGUUCCCGAAUCGCAAGAAGGAUUGCCGGCUCGUAGUAUGCAAGAUUCGUUCACAUCUGCAAUCAUCCCAAUUGGAUCGGAUCUCGCAUUGCGCGACAAAUACGUCGGAUUUCUGGGAACAAUUCGAUUCGGGCGUUUAAUGGAAGAUAUGGACAUGUUUGCGGUCUGGAUUGUUCAUAAUCACGUCAAAAUUCCAAAUUUGGAUCCGAAAGUGCAUCUCCCGUACACUUUUGUGACAAUUUCUGUCGAUAAAAUCGAUUUUACGGAUUUAGUGCCGAAGCACGAUGCGGAUGUGAGACUUUCGGGACACGUUAGUUGGGUCGGCAGAUCGAGUAUUGAGUGCGUCAUUUGGAUGGAACAGAAACAACACGGAAAAUGGCGAAAAAUGACGCGAGCGCUAUUUUUGAUGGCAGCUCGUGAUCCAACAAAUACUCGAGCGGCAUGCGUAAAUCCGCUCGUUCCAGCGAACGAUGAGGAAAAACUCAUUUUCGAGGGCGGCGAAGGCAGAAAAAAACGUCGUUCGUUACUGCAAAAGCAAGAUUUGAUGAAAUCUCCGCCAAAUGCGUACGAACAAACGCUCAUUCACGAGAUGUUUAAGAAAAGUAUCGAUGUGAGUAGCAAAGCGUUCAAUAAACGUAUUCUUCCUCCGGGAACUGUUUGGAUGGAAGACGCUGACAUGUCAAAUAUCAUCUUUUCGCAUCCUGAAGAUCGUAAUGCACACAAUAAAGUCUUCGGAGGUUUCCUUAUGAGACACGCUUUGGAGCUUAGUUGGGCCUUGGCAUACCAAUUUAGCAAGCAUCGCCCAACUUUAGUGAAUAUUUCAGAUAUUAGCUUCCAUGCGCCUGUCGAUGUCUCAUCCCUGAUCAAUAUGAGCGCACACGUAAUCUUCACGGAGAUGCAUUACAUGGAAAUUGUCGUGCUUGCGGAAGUUUUUGAUGCUGUUACAGGACAACGUACAACGACAAAUUCCUUCUUUUAUACGUACUCGUCGUCGGAAAAACUCCCCCAAAUUAUCCCACGAACGUACCAUGAAGCUAUGUGGUAUCUUGAUGGACGAAGGAAGUUCGUAUAUGCCAUGGGACUCGAUCAAUCAGCACAAAAGUAGAUAAAAAUUUAAAAAAUUCGAAUUAUUUAUUAAAAAAAUACCGAACGAAACGCUUUGAAUUAACGGAGAUUUUUAGCGAACAAUUAAAUUGUUACAAACAAUAUUUUAAAAAAUUUAAUUAAAAUAAAAUUAA